AUGUCAGCGACUGCUCUCUCAAGAUUGAACACUGUUUCUCAAUUUGGGUUUCAACGAAUCGCUGCUGGGAAAAGUAAGAGCUUCUUCUCCAAUUCCGGCGAAAGGAGAUUGCUUUCUGAUAGCUCCCGGUUUCGUCUAGCCGGAAGGAGACACGCCAUGGCUGCUUCUGGUUCUUUGCCAGUGUACGGGGACGCUUGCCUGGAUGAUUUGGUUACAACUUGUGCAAAUGGCUUAGAUUUCACUAAGAAGCGUUCUGGUGGUGGUGGCGGCUUCAAUGUUGAUUCCCCUGUAGCCAGCAUGAGACUUGGGAGGAGAGAGCGGAUGAAGAACCGACUGGUCUGCCACUAUUCUGCAAUUGAUCCGCUCGUCAAGAGUCGAGCACUCUUUGGUACAUUGUCAAAGAGUGUUCAUACAUCUUCCACUGUUUGUUUCUCGUUAGGACCAGCUCAUGAGCUGUCUUCUCUCAACGGUGGCUCUCAAGACUCAGAGCUUUCAGGCUCUCCGCCAACUACUACAUCUCUUAAGAGUCUGAAGCUAGUGUCUGGUUCCUGUUAUCUCCCGCAUCCUGAGAAAGAAGCUACAGGUGGAGAAGACGCUCACUUUAUCUUAGAUGAAGAACAAGCUAUUGGAGUUGCAGAUGGUGUUGGCGGUUGGGCGGAAGUUGGCAUUAACGCUGGACUCUUCUCUCGUGAACUAAUGUCUUAUUCAGUAUCAGCUAUUCGAGAACUGGCUAAGGGUUCCUCUAUCGACCCGUUAAUGGUUUUACAGAAAGCGCAUUCUCAAACCAGAGCCAAAGGCUCUUCCACGGCUUGUAUCAUCGCUUUGACAGAUAAGGGAUUACACGCUAUUAAUCUGGGAGACAGUGGGUUCACGGUGGUUAGAGAUGGGACGACGGUGUUUCAGUCACCGGUUCAGCAACACGGAUUCAACUUUACUUAUCAACUAGAGAGUGGAAACGGCGGCGAUAUGCCCAACUCUGGCCAGGUAUUCAUGAUUGAUGUGGAGUCUGGAGAUGUGAUUGUGGCGGGAACGGACGGUGUGUAUGAUAAUCUAUACAACGAAGAGAUCACAGGAGUGGUGGUUAGUUCGGUUAGGGCUGGGUUAGACCCGAAAGCCACGGCUCAGAAGAUUGCGGAUUUGGCUCGUCAGAGAGCAGUCGACAAAAAACGGCAGAGCCCUUUCUCAGCGGCGGCUCAGGAGGCUGGCUUCAGGUAUUACGGAGGAAAGCUCGAUGACAUCACCGCCGUCGUCUCUUACGUCACACCAGCGUAA